UCUCCAGAUGGGAGCGCGCAUUUAACGGUUUUUAGCCUGUGUGGUGGAGCGUCUCCGGGACCGACUGAACGACUUGUGUGUUUGUGUGUGUGUGUGUGUUAAACGUCGUGACUCUCUUUUCUCCCCCCCACCUCUUUCUCCCUGGAACUCUUCGCGUCUAGCUCGUAAAGGCUCCAAGACAGCAUGCUCCUGACUUCCUUGCAGCCUCUUUGUUCGAGUUCUUACUUGAAGUCGCCUCCCAGAAGGUGAUGACUUCUUAGCCCCAGAUACAGCGCUGUAUGGGCCUGAUCUUCCUCUGCAGGGAAUCCCAAAUCCCAUGAGACUUUGAGCCAGAAGAACGGUACCAGGAAUAAAGAUAGGUAGAAAAGAAUAUGCCUGGACUGCAUAAUGGACUCCAACAGCACAGAGCCAGGUCAAUACCUGCCCAUAGGCAGUCUGGGAACACCGGCUUACCCACAAUCCUCUCCAUGGCCACUACUUCAGAGCAUGGCUAACACCAACACCUCUUUCCUUCAGGCCAUUCUGAACUUCAGUGCUGUUUAUGUGGUCAACACUAGUGAUGGGGGAUUGGAGAGCAAGUUUGAUCCUCUGGGUGGCCAUUCAUUAUGGCAGGUGAUUCUCAUCGUCCUGUUCACAGGAUUGCUCUCCCUCAUCACCAUUAUAGGCAACAUCCUGGUCAUCGUCUCAUUUAAAGUCAACCGGCAGCUCAAGACUGUCAACAAUUAUUUCUUGCUCAGUUUGGCCUUCGCCGACCUCAUCAUAGGGGUCAUAUCUAUGAACCUGUACACGGCAUAUAUUGUAAUGGGGCAGUGGGCCAUGGGAAACUGGGCAUGCGAUUUCUGGUUAGCAAUAGACUAUGUGGCCAGCAAUGCAUCCGUCAUGAACCUGCUGGUGAUCAGCUUUGACCGGUAUUUUUCCAUCACGCGCCCACUUACAUACCGUGCCAAACGUACUACCAAGCGUGCAGGAUUGAUGAUUGGCCUGGCUUGGCUUGUAUCUUUAAUCCUCUGGGCCCCAGCCAUCUUGUUUUGGCAGUAUUUUGUGGGAGAGAGGACAGUUCCGCCUGACAAGUGCUACAUCCAGUUUCUGUCCGAGCCAAUUAUUACAUUUUGUACAGCUAUGGCAGCCUUUUAUCUUCCUGUCACCAUUAUGAGUGUACUAUACUGGAGGAUUUAUAAAGAGACUGAGAACCGCUCUCGGGAACUUGCAGGACUUCAAGGGUCAGGAGGAUGGCUGGGGGGAGCAGACCGGCCUCGGCCUCGUUUCCGCAUCGCUGCCACAAGGGCGAGCUCUAAAAAUGGCCGCAGCUUAGAUCUCAGCCAAUCAGCACAGAGACAAAAGCCCCUGCUUGGACUUUCAGGCCACUUUUGGAAGUGGAGAGCUGGUGCUGCACCUGGAAUCCAUAGUGGAACUGAGGCAGAACAGACCAGCUGCGACACCUGGAACAACAACGACACUGCUGAUCAUUCUGCCUCAUCCGAGGAGGAGGAGAAUGCACCACCUACAGCACGUGCUAUCUUCUCUAUUGUCCUCAGCCUACCAGGCAUGAGGGCAGCUGUGAACUCCCAGAUCAAGUCCUCUGGGGAGUUGGGCAACUCUGAAGAAGACCCACUACGAGGAACAGCAGAAAGCAACAACAAGAAUGACGGUCUGUCGUGUUCCGUCAGCAAUGGCAAAAAGCGCUUCGCCACUACCGCGGCCGAUGUGCAGUCCAUGUCUGCCGUUCAGGCUACAGCCACAAGCGUUGACACAAGCGAUGCUACCACCAACAAACCUGCCCCCAUUCCUAUAUCUUUCAAAGAGGCAGCUCUGGCAAAGCGUUUUGUCUCUCGAGCAAGGACACAGAUCACAAAACGUAAGCGCAUGUCACUAGUGAAAGAGAAGAAAGCUGCCCAAACUCUCAGUGCCAUUCUUUUCGCUUUCAUCAUAACGUGGACACCUUACAACAUCAUGGUGCUCAUCAACACAUUCUGCAACGGCUGCAUCCCGGAAUCCCUGUGGGCACUAGGCUACUGGUUAUGCUACGUUAACAGCACGGUUAACCCGAUGUGCUACGCUCUGUGCAACAAGACUUUCCGCGGCACUUUUAAAAUGAUCCUACUAUGUCGAUGGAACGAGAAGAAAAUCAAGCAAAGCUUUCAGCAAAAGGAGUCUGUCCGUUUGCACAGGAGUAUACACGGAGACUCUACGUAGCAUCGCUAGCCUGAAAACAUGGAUGAAAUCUGUGGGUUUAGUUUGCACACUGAGAUAUAGUGAAGCUGUCGACUCCAAAUUGGAGCAGAGACGUGAGAUUUGGCUUUGGGUUAUGAAGUUCUUACGUUAAUUGGAGCAGUGCUAGAACUUGUUUAAGUUCUUGCUUGGUUCGAAAUUGUGACCUCUAUUCCACACUGUGACUUUAAUAGUGGAUGAUUCGCAGAGGACCUGAUGUCAGAUAAGAGGACUUCCCUUAAACUCAACAUCAAGUUUGUUGUUAAAUGAAUUAUUUGAGUUAUAACAAGUUGGUUUAGUUUUUUUUUUUUUUUUUUUUUAGAUGUAUCAGUAAACUGCAUGUAUAUUUCAGGGAUGGAAAUUGACUGUUUUAGAAAGAAUUCAUGAAAACUAAAACAUUUUGCAAAAAAAAGGAAAAAAAAUUUAAAUUUGUAAAUGUACCUCGAGGUGAAGUGAUUUAUCUGUAUAUAGAGUUUGGCUGUUUUGGUGAAUAUGUUGUGAAAGAAGGUCUUGCAUCAUUGUAAGAUCUCGGUGUAUUAAUGUUCUUGUUUAAACUGUAAUUUACAAUCAAAAAGUUUAAAAUGAUAAUUUUCGCACUAUUGAUACGUUUUUCUCAGAUCCUGACUCUGGUACGUGAUAGGCUUCAUGUUGAGCGUGACUAUUGUUUACAUGAAAUGUACAGUACAUAGAUUACUAUCGCUUUAUUUCGCAUAUUCUCAUUAUUUGUACUUUACUGAGAUUCCUUGUGUGUAAACAGCAAUCACAAGGUGCCUGUUGAUCCAAAUAUCUUUAUUAUGUUUGGGUAAUUAUGUAAUUUCACUGUGUUUAUUAUUCAGAUUUUGGUCCAGCUGUUGAAUUGGGUUGUUGUGAAAC